AAAUGAUUCCAGAACCUAAUGCCAGCGAAGGGGGCGGGAGAGGCCUCUCCAGCUGGUGGCAUCUGCGCGGAGACCUGAAGACCUCACUCAAGUGGGGCGUGGGCAGUGAGGACAGGGAGAGUAGGGGGGGAAACACGGGACAGAGGAGCAGCCAAGGGCCCUCCCACUAACCGUGGCGUUUCCAGGGUGAAAUCUGCUUCACUUGGGCUCACUGAGGUCCACAUGCUUUAGCUCACCUGUUGGUUUGCAGUGGUUACUGAGCCUCCAGGCCUCGUGGUGGGCAGAGGUCAGCCGGGGAGGCCCUUCCAAGGGAACCCGAAGGCAGUGACCCUAAAAGACAAGACCUCAUCGGGAGGUUGGGGGAAAGACGUAUUCCAGGCCCAGAAAACAACCAGUGCAAAGGCCCUGAGGCAGGAACGGGCUGGGCAUACUCAAGGACCACAGAGGCCCAUGUGGGAUGAGGCGAAGCAGAGGCCGAUGGUGCGGAGCCUUCUAUACAGGGUGUGGUGCUGGGUUUUAUGGAAGGGCAGUGGGAGACCAGUGGAGCAGCACCACCCAGUAGAACAUCCUGCAGCGAUGGAAAGGUCCUCUGUCUGUGCCGUCCAGUGCGGUCACUACUGCACCUGUGCAGCUGCUGAGCAUUUGAAAUAUGCUGACGUGGUUGCCCCUGGUGUUCACAGUGGCUGGACGGAGGCAUGAGCCCCCGGCUACGUGGUUGGGCCCGGUAGCACGCCGUGGGACAGGAGUGUGCCCCCACACAUGGUUUGGCCCUGCAGCGACCAGAACAGCCCGGGCCGCCACCAUGAUGAAGCUGCUGGUGGCCAAAAUCCUUUGUAUGGUGGGCGUGUUCUUCUUCAUGCUGCUUGGCUCCCUGCUCCCCGUGAAGAUCAUCGAGACGGAUUUUGAGAAAGCCCAUCGCUCCAAAAAGAUCCUCUCACUCUGCAACACCUUUGGAGGUGGGGUCUUUCUGGCCACGUGCUUCAACGCUCUCCUGCCGGCUGUGAGGGAGAAGCUCCAGAAAGUUCUGAGCCUCGGGCACAUCAGCACCGACUACCCACUGGCCGAGACCAUCGUGAUGCUGGGCUUCUUCAUGACCGUCUUCCUGGAGCAGCUCAUCUUGACCUUCCGCAAGGAGAAGCCAUCGUUCAUCGACCUGGAGACCUUCAACGCUGGCUCGGACGCCGGCAGUGACUCGGAGUAUGAGAGCCCCUUCAUGGGGGGUGCGCGGGGCCACACGCUCUAUUCGGAGCCCCACCCCCACACACAUGGGCUGAGCGUCCAAGAGCUGUCGCACUCCAGCCCGCUGCGGCUCCUCAGCCUGGUAUUUGCCCUGUCGGCGCACUCCAUCUUCGAGGGCCUGGCCCUGGGCCUGCAGGAGGACGGAGAGAAGGUAGUGAGCCUGUUCGUGGGGGUGGCCAUCCACGAGACGCUGGUGGCCGUGGCCCUGGGCAUCAGCAUGGCCAGGAGUGCCAUGGCCCUGAGGGACGCGGCCAAGCUGGCCGUCACUGUCAGCGCCAUGAUCCCCCUGGGCAUCAGCAUCGGCCUGGGCAUCGAGAGUGCCCAGGGGGUGCCCAGCAGCGUGGCCUCGGUGCUGCUGCAGGGCCUGGCAGGCGGCACGUUCCUCUUUGUCACCUUCUUUGAGAUCCUAGCGAAGGAGCUGGAGGAGAAGAGCGACCGUCUGCUCAAAGUCCUCUUUCUGGUGCUGGGUUAUGCCGUCCUGGCCGGCAUGGUCUUCCUCAAGUGGUGAACUUGCCCAUCACCCGCCCGCCGGAUACAGGCGGUCCCCCCCCCCUCCCAAGCAGGGGAGCUCAGGCCCCGGGCUGCCAUCUGUGCACAGAGGGGCCGCGCCCCAGAUCCAACACCCUGAGCCUGGGGCACAGCAACUGCUUUUAAAAAUACUUCUCUUAAAGUUAUUUACCAAAGCUGUGUGGCCAUGUCAUCCUCUGGCAUUGGGAUCUGAUGACUCACACAGGAGGUGGGGCCGGGCAGCCGCAUGGGGUUGGGCUGGGACCCUCCCCCCCCCCACUCCUGCCUGCAGACAGGACAAGACCGUGGCUUCUCCGAGCCACUGAGCCCAUCUGGAGGCCUGAGACUUGUGUCCUCUGUUCCCAGCUGGCUCUGUCGCAUGGAGCGUCCAUCCGGCGGUCACACAGGGAAGCUCUGACUCCUGCCACCUGAGGCAGUGCCUCGAGGGGGACGGGCGGGGUGCCAGGUACCUCAGCACUUCCCUCUUCUCUGCCUUCUGCUGUGCCCCCCCCGCCCCCCGCUGCCAUACACUUGGUGGACCCGAGAGAUGCAGAGAUGCGCAGCAGGGCUAGGGGCCGGCUGGGCCGUUGGUUCUCAGUCCCCGGGGCUGUGGGGCCGGGGACACACACUGAAUCACCCCCUGCAGACGCAGAUGAAGCCAGAAGCUGCCUCAGGGUGCGGGAGCUCAGGGCGCGUGUGGGGCUGGCACCAACCCUGGGCACCGGCUCCCUGGCAACCUUCUGUUCAGCUCGCCUGUUGUCUCAGCAACCCCGACGCGGGCCUCCGGGGAUAGGAGCCUGGGCCGAAAGCCUUGCCUGGGGGAUCUUGCCAUCAGAGGUGCUCCGGGGGGAGUGCGGGCCGGUGCGCUGGGCUGGGCUCGGCUCUCACAGCCUCAGCGCGAGGGCCCAGGUGCCUGCCUUCCCAGCACCCUGGUCCCCUUCCUCUGCCUCACUCCUGGCCUGCAGGGCCUCCCGAGCACAGGCGCCUUCUGCCCCGGGGCCCUGGGCUUGGUGGGGCCCCUUCCCCAACUCCAGCCUCGUGGGCGCCCCGGGGGCUGGCCUGCUGCCACCACUCAGCCCCUCCUAGCACAAGGUGACAACCUUUGCCACCACCCCAGCCUCCUUCAGUUUUGUUACAAGAGGCGGGGGGAUCAGGGAUGUGUGUCCGAGAGCCUCAGCUUCUGCUCUGCCUGCCCCUACCCUGUUGCUGCAGAACGGUCAGGCCUGUUGCUAGAAGCUUCUGUCUGACUUGUCCCGGAGACCCAUCUCCAAACCGCACGUGGCCUGCCCCUGCCCUGUGCUGGGAAAGUGACCCCCAGGGUGUGGGGACAUCAUCCUUUCCAUUGUGUCCUGGGUUGUCAGCCUCGGCCUGCCCCCCGCUUCACUCCACUCAGGAACUGGAAGUUUCCACCCACUUGGCCUUUUCCCUGAGUGGGCGGGUCAUUGCGGAGCCACCAGGUUCUGUAGCCUGCCUUCAUCGGGGCUGGGGUCGUCUCUGCUCCAAGGACCCUAGCUCCAUACGCCCUGUCGCUGCCAAAAGCACACACACCACAGGGUCCCUACCCUCCUACCAGCCAUCAGCUGACUGCCCCCCUGCCCCCACUGAUGUUUCCAAGGCCAUGUCCCCCUCACUGUGAGCACACUUCCUGACCAGUAGGCCCAGGAAGGGCACCACCACACCAGCAAGGAGCCUUUGGUCAUGGAAAGGCCCAAGGGCCCCUCUGCCAGCCCCUCAGCCAGACGUCACCACUUCCCGAGUCCCCAGCGUCCUCAGAUUCUCUCCAUCUGCUGGGCUGUGGCCAUUCCCAGCUGACCUGCUCUCCCUAGGGCCCCACCAGCCCCAGCAAGCUGCUUCCAGGCCCCCUGAGGAUGCUGGGACCCCAAGAGGUUUGAGGGAGCUGUGUUGUAGAUGAGGACACCUCCGGCCACCCCUUUUGUCUUCUGUGCCCAGGGGAGCAAGGGUCAGCCCUGGGACCUGCUUCCACAAGCUGCCGUGGUUGGCCAGCCGUGGGGGUGACGGUGCCUUGGUCUUGGUCUUGGUCAGCUUUCCCCGCACUGGGUGAGGAUCAGACCAUCUCCGCACCGAGGUAGGAAGAGUGGCUGUUUUGCCCUCCGACGGAAGCCCGGAGAAGCGGCAAUCACUCCUGAGGUUUCCUGGGCUCUGGUGGCCAAGUCUGGUCUAGACCAGGGUCUUCUGAGGCCUGCCCGGGGCUCCAUCCCCCACCAGCUCAGACACCGGAGCACUGCCAUGUGGUGACAGCAGCUUUCCUAUGGAUACGACUGGAUCGAUCACCAGUUGGCCCUGGACCAGCCCCUGCAAAAAACUGGACAUCAGCCAUGAAAGGCCAUCUGUGUGCAACUUUGUGAUCCUAAGGAGAUGUCGUGCGGCCUGCUGCCACAGAGAUCCCUGCCUUUUGGGGGGUCUUCUCACUCCGUGGUUCUCAGGGGUGUCCCCCAGGGCACACCAGGCGGUGUCCGAGGACGUCUGUGGUGGUCACACUGGGGUGUCACCGCUCUAAUUCCUAGGAAGUGACAGUGGGUUCCACGCAGAGGACAGUUCGUUCUGAGAUCCCAUGUGCAUGUUGGAAAGAGAGGAGGCGGGCAGAUGCCUGCUGACGGACAGCCCGGCACACUUGGCAAGGGCCGGAGGCACGGCUGCUGCAGCUUGGAUGUGAGGGUGCCCAGAGAGCACACACUGCUGUCUGUUUGACAAAACCAAGCCCUCCGUACAGAACACCAAACACCAACUCUGUCCGUAUGGCCGUGGCUGGGUCAAGGCCACCCCCAGCCACCUGCUCGGCCUAGGCUUGUCCCAGCGCCCAGCAGGAGGGGUCCUGGGUGGGCAGGAGGAGGUGGGGGUGCCCUGGGCUGGGGGCACCAUUCUGAGCUCUGCCAGGAGGAGAAUUACCUCAGACGGGUCUCCCGUCGUCAGCCCUUUUCCUCCACUGGGAGGUCCCUGGGCCAGGCCUCAGCCCUCCAAGGUCUGCUCCGAGUGGGGGCUCAGGGCACAGGCGACAGCUGGAUGGAGUCAACCACAUUCCCCUCCUUGAUCUGGAGACAAAGGGGGAAAUUAAGAGGCCUCGUGGAUUGAAUCAACCUUAAUAACAGUGUGUCGGGGCUUCUGUUGUCUGCUGUUUGUGUCUCUGGUGCAGAAGUUAUUAGCGUCGGGCAGGGAGGCGGUGCGCCGCUUCCCCGCCUGUCUGCGUCUUUCCAGCCCCCAGAGGCAGACAGGGGAGAGGAUGGUGUCUCCCAGCCCACGGUGGCAUCAGACCUGCCCUGGCCACCAACUCUGGACCUGCCAGGGAAAGAGGCACGCAUCCCACCUGCCCCGGCCUGUGCCCACCCUUUGGGGCAAAGCCAGUGAUGGGCCCAUCCCACCUUCUUCCCCGCAGAGCCUCCUGCGGGCGGGGGCAUUGUUCCCUGAAGACAUAGAGCUCUCCUCUGGGCCGCUGGGGUGCUAAAGCCGGAUUGGGCUGAAGCAGGGAGAACCCGCUGCGUGCCCCUGCCACCCCGAAGACCUUCUGUGGCUCCCACGGCAGGAACAGCUGGUCUGGCUGGCUGCAGUGCUCGACAGAGGGCUGGGGCGAUUGGUGUGUGCCCAGCCCGGCCAGGCAGAAGCGGCUGGACAGGUGGGCGGUUCCGAGCCCCGGCUUCCCAGGUGCAUGGGAGGCCUGGCCGAGGUACUGCACUUAGACCAAAAUAAACAGCCACCACGGUUGGCAGGUCUCUCCAUCCAGGGACCACCUGGGCCUCCCUCUGAGCAUGUUCAGGCCCAGCCACUCUGGCUGACAAGCUCAGACAGGGUCUCUAUCCUGGCACCGUAGACAUUUGGGGCUGUCUUGCCGCCCGCUGGGUGCAGGCUGUGAGCCACAUUCUGGCUGGUGGCGGGGCUGCAGGAUCUGCAUUGCCACCCAACCCCCAAGUGCUGCUGAUGCUACUGGCCUGGGGACACGUUUGAGAUCCAUUGCCCGACUCCGGGUCUGUCUCUCCCAGCACUGCUGACACCAGACUCUCGGGCACUGUGUGUGUGUGUGUGGGGGGGAUGCUGAGCCGCAUUCCUGGCCCCCGCCCACAUGAUGCCAGGAGCACCCCAGCCAUGGCCACCACAAGUGUCCGCCGACAAAUAUCCCAGAGUCCCCCGAGGGUGAGGCCCACUGCCCAAGGAUGCAUGGCAGCUUGCCUAGUGAGGGGAGACAGAUGACAUAUCAGCGUGAAAUGCAGUUAUCAGCAAUAAAUGCUGUGAAGACAGAAAAAGCAAAGUGAAGGGAGAGAGAUAAGAAAAAUGCAAAUGAUUUUAGCAACGUGGUCAGGGAGGAAAUCCCUGGGGGCCACACUGGAGUCCCAAGAAGAUGGGGAAAGAGCUUUUCCAGGGGAGGGAUGGGGGACAGACAGCCUGUGCAAAGGCCGUGAGUCUUUCUGUGAGUCAUGGUCCUUUUUUUUCCUGACUGCCCACAGCCGCUGUGGCAGUCUGUAAAACACCCAAGCAUCAUGGGGCUUUAUCCUGCCCGUGGCGAAGACUCGGGGGAGCCCCUCUCCUCAAGAGGUAACGGUAACAGCAGCAGCACCCUGUAUUUUGGGAGGAGCCCCGGGCUGCCUCCAUUUGGCCCAGCAGGUGGCUUCGGCGAAGAGCCUGCGUCUUUCACUCAGGGCUGGGGUCCAGCUCUGCAGAGGCUGACUGGCAGAAUUCCGGCUUGGGAAUGCCAGCCUAUUCAUUUUCCAAGGCAAACUGGGUUUGGACAAAUGAUUUUCUUAUUUUCGAAUGUUGACGCCAAACUUAAACAAAAAACCUUGGGGACCAAACUGCAUCUGCUAGAGACCAUGACACUUGGUC